AUGGCGGCAGAUUUGACUCCCAGGUUCCGUAGGAUCCGCAGUGUCGGGGACCUGAGGGCCCGCAGGAAGGGUGAGGGAGCCCGGAAUACCGGCUGCAGUGCAGCAAUACGUAUUUACUAUACACCUGGCGUAAACUGCCGGCUGGGUUUACCAUUACACCUGCCAGCUGGGGCUCAUAACAUGGCAAUGAGAAUAUUAAUAGGAGGGAUUGGGGGGGCAAAUGGAAAACUAAGGGGCUUAUUAAUGAGAGUAGAGACUGCAAAGAGGUGAUAAAGGUGGUGGGAAAUAGCUGCAUUGGGCAAAUUCAUAUUUCUAUAUAAAAAUGGCUUUCCACCCAUUUUAAGUAUUAUUAUUUUAUGAUUUAUAUAGCGCCAUCAGAUUACGUAGCGCUGUACAAUGGGUGGACUAACAGACAUAUAUUUGUAACCAGACAAUUGGACGUACAGGAACAGAGAGGUGGAGGGCCCUGCUCAAUGAGUUUAUAUUCUAGAGGUCCAACCAUUCAUGGUUCACCUAGUACACCGCUAUCAGGGCUUAUUCGCCAAAAUAUUGAAGCUAAAUAAGUCAGUCAGUGACUCUAGCUGGGUUGGAAAAUGUCUUUAAAACAUCUGUUUGCCCCUAAAAGUUGCAGGUUGCGUUUCUCAGUUUUCAACAAUUUGGAGUAAUCCGCUGCCAAUUCGAUUAGAUUUGAGAGUAUACUGUAACAGGGUUAUUAUUAUUAUUUCCAUUUAUAUACUGUAAGCCUAUGGCUCAGAGCUUUACAAUAUUAUAAAGAGGGAAGUUUAACAAUAAAUGAGACAUUUACAGAUUAUUACAGGAAUAAUAGAUUGCGGACCCUGCUUGAAAGAGCUUGCAAUCUAAAGGGUGAAUUGUUGAGAUCGCAAACUUAAUUUUGGAUACUAUGUCAAAGUAGCUGUACUGCAAACAUAGCCUAAGUUGUAAUUUCCUGAAAUUGACAAUUAUGAGAAGUAACCAUAUAAGGCAAGCAUGUCAAACUUAGUCUGGCACGGGCCACAUAAACCAGGAUUAAGUUUAUGUGGGCUGCAAAAAAAAUAAGAUACCUUAAAUUUUCAUAGAAACUUAGCUUUAUUUUAAAAAGUACAGUAUAAAAAAAAAACAGCCCCCGCCUCUUCUAAACCACAGCAACCCCCUCUACCACCCUGUUCCAAAUCUGAUCCUCCCGUUGACACACACACUGACAGAAACACGCACAGACACCCAAACAUACUCACUGACAGACACACUCACUGACACUCAGACAUACCUUUCUUUAUUGGUCCCUACCUUUUGGAGCCGAUGUGGGGCAUCUCCCUGGGGUCCUUCUAUCUGCUCCUCACUGCUCCCUCGCACGGUUAAGUGAUGCUGGGUGCCGGAAUACGACGUCAUAUUCCGGCGCCCGGCUUCAUUAAAGACGGCAUGCGCGAGGAAGCAGUGAGGAGCGGGAACACUGAACUCCCCGCUGCAUCCACCAUCCCUUCCUCCCCGGCCGGGUAAGUGUUAGCAGAGAAGGCACCUGCAAGGUGGGGAAAGCAGGUGCCUACUCUCCUAUAACACCAGCAUGUACUCGCGGCUUGCUGGGCCGCAAAGAUGGUCCUUGUGGGCCGCGAAUUUGACAUGCUUGAUGUAAGGCAAGUGCUAAAUGAGUCUCCUUGAUAUAAAUUAGUAUUUGAAAGCUGUAAUUGUGGACCACUGAUAUUGCUUUCUCAAUUUUCAAACCAUUUCAGGCACUGGAACAAUUAUGUUACGAAUUAUGUUAUAAAUCUACUACCUGACUUCAGAAAUAUUCAAAACCUUCACUUCUAGUUUAAAGGGAUACUAUACGGUCAGGAACACAAACACGUAUUCCUAACAAUAUAGUGUUAAAUCACCAUCUAGCCCCCUGGCCCCAACUAACCACCCUAAAUAUAGUAAAAUCUUACCUUUAUUCCAGUCUUCUGCUGGCUUUGACCCGAUCUGCCUGCUUGGCUGACAUGAGAAGUGUCUUGUUGGAAAAAAAAAAAUGAAAAGAACUGGAGCAUAUGGUUGCAAAAGCUCCUGGUUGGGUGUUGACCCCUGUGUUAAUAAUAUAAAAAAGAGAGAAAUUAAGCAAAUGGGAGUGGAGUACUAAAUGCUGUUGUACCCUAUAAUAAAACUUAACAUUUAAUAAGUCCAACUAAUGUGGGCUAGAAAAAACAAGAACUAACCACAAAAAAGAAAUAAAAAGGUAGUACUAUAAUAAAAAUAAAAGAACAAAUGCACGUUAAAUGGAAAGUGAGAUGUAAUGGCUGUACUAGUAGAAGUGUAGGCUGACACCUAAAUAAUGCGCUUGUUAGAACACUAAAUAGUAGAAAUAUGUGAUGGUGUCAGACCACUUACACAGUAUGGUGCAAAGAAUUGGUUUAGAUAAACACGCUAAACACUAGCAAAUUAAUAUGGACUACUGUGCCGGAGAUUCAGUGUAAACUGCGCUCAAAAAUUGAGUGCAGGAGUAUAUAUAGCUAACCAGAGUUGAUAUUCGCUGAUAUCAAUAUUUCAACAAUAGUGGUAACAAUUCGUGCUAAGUGGAACUGUACUGUAUCCUUGAUCUUAGCACCUCCUUUGAUGCUUCUCAUAGAGAGCAUUCGUUUCCCAUCCCAAUGCUUCUUUAUUGGAAGCGUUAGAUUGGACGAGAACGUGGAACAUGUCAACAUGUUUGCUGAUUAAGAAUGAGGUGGAAUGGGUGGCGGCAACUGUGGUGUCUCGGCACUGGAAACGAGGUGUAUAAAAUAAAUUUAACUUAAAAUUUUUCUACAGCAAAGGGGGUAGGCAGAAAUCAAUGUAAUAGCAGGGAACUUAUAUUGUAAGUUGUAUUUGUUCACUGAAUUUACAGAUCAUGUGUCAGAUAUUUCUGUUGUUUGGGGUUUUUGCAGGUCACAGAGGACCAUUCCAAGCAACUCAGCUAUGGAACAGCAUCAUCCAAUCACUGAAAAAGAAUGUUGAAGUAAAGAAUCGCCGCCAGCAUCUUAGGACCUAUUCCUGCUGCUUCACAGGAUCUGAUGCAGUGGACGCAGUGCUAUGUCACCUCAUGCAGAAUAUGUAUUUGAGCAGCUACGACAUUUCAAGGAAUAAAGGUGUCCAGCUAUGCCAAGCACUUAUGGAUCACAAAGUAUUUGAGCCAGUUGGUUUAAAGCUCUUUAAGAGUGAAUCAGAUUUUGUAUUUGAGGACAGCAACAGUCAUUUUUAUAGAUUUUUAGAGUCCAAAAGUACCACCGACCUCAGUUCAAAAGAGAGUACAACUGGGAAGGACAGAUUAUCCAGGUUGGUUUCUAAUUUUCAUCCUUUAUUUUCUGACUACACGCUUUACUUGCAAGCAGGACCAGCAACAAAUGUAUUGGGAUGUAUGUUUUUCCAGUGAUUUUAAAGGAACACAUUAGUCACCUAAAUUACUUUAGCUAAAUAAAGCUGUUUUAGUGUAUAGAUCAUUCCCCUGCAAUUUCACUGCUCAAUUCACUGUCAUUUAGGAGUUAAAUCACUUUGUUUCUGUUUAUGCAGCCCUAGCCACACCUCCCCUGGCUAUGAUUGACAGAGCCUGCAUGAAAAAAAAACUGGUUUCACUUUCAAACAGAUGUAAUUUACCUUAAAUAAUUGUAUCUCAAUCUCUAAAUUGAACUUUAAUUACAUACAGGAGGCUCUUGCAGGGUCUAGCAAACUAUUAACAUAGCAGGGGAUAAGAAAAGCUUAAUUAAACAGAACUUGCAAUAAAGAAACCCUAAAUAGGGCUCUCUUUACAGGAAGUGUUUAUGGAAGGCUGUGCAAGUCACGUGCAGGGAGGUGUGACUAGGGUUCAUAAGGGAUUUAACUCCUAAAUGGCAUAGGAUUGAGCAGUGAGGCUGCAGGGGCAUGUUCUAUACGCCAAAACUGCUUCAUUAAGCUAAAGUUGUUCAGGUGACUAUAGGGUCCCUUUAAUGGAAUAGUUGAAAUACUCUAUGUAAAUAAAAUGCAACCAAAAUAUCAGAAACAUACCAAUUUAAAGCUUGAUUAGAAGAAAUUUGCUGAGUAAAACUACUAAUACAAUCACUAGAUAAAAUCUUAUUCUCAAACUAAUGACAGGGGCCCUUUAAAGAUCUUUUCGCUUGCCCAUUUUUCCUGCCUCCAACACAGGAAAUUGAAGAACUGACUGCUUAAUAUAUAAGACUUCUUGAGAGGUGCCAUUGUAACGAUAUAUCAGUGUUAUUCACUUGUGCUCUGUCAGUGGUUUUAAUCUUGUGGAUGAUCAGUGUGUGUGCGCGCGUUUAUUUAAGAUUAUCCUUUUGCUCUGCAAUCUGUUAGUUUUGAAUUGGUACAUCCGUUUUCAUUUGUACUUUUAUUCAUUGAGCAUAUUAAACCAUUUUUAAAUGAAUCACAAUAUAACUUGGCAUGUUUUUGUUACCUUGUUGUUUAUUUAAAUAUUAUACAAAUAGAUCUGGACACGCCGCAACAAUAUCUAACCCGUCAGCCCUUGACACUGCAAAUGAAAAGUUAAAUCAGCUUCUUCACUGCAUCUGUGAUCAUCCCAACGCACAUGUGAACCCCGUACUCAAUAAAUUACCCAGCAUCGUUUCGCAGAAAGGUAAACCGAGCUAGACAUUGCAGAUGUUUCCUUUUUGGGUUAGAGGAAGGGGCAAUUGUGAGGUUGUAGAAAAUGUAUCCUACAAACUGCAUUAAAUAAUUGAGUGAGUAUCCUCUUUCAUGAGCAUAUCCCCUUUUACAGGAAUAAUAGAAUAUGAUUUAAAUAACUGCACUGGUACAAAUUCAACAUUAUACUCGAUGUUGUCUAACUUUGUUUAUUCACCUGUUUCUUGUUUUUUUAUAAUAGCAUCCCCAGAAUUGUAUGUUUGCUAAUGGCCAUUGUAUAGUUAAAAUAGCACGAUAUAUCUGAAAGAAGAAUGUCACUUUUGUUUUAUAACCUAUAUAGUAACUCUAUCUUUGCAUGCAUUCUACAGUGAAACCACAAGUUAACUGUGUACCUUAAGUGCCAAAGCUGACUGUAACGGCUGAAGGGUUAAAAAAAUACAAACCGCUGGGACCUAUCUUGGUGCAGGGACAUUAACUUAAAUGUUUAUGCUUGCAGUGUUUACACUGAGGUGAAAUAAGUAAUUGAUCACUUCAGGCCAUUCAUGUACAUAUUGUGCAGCGUCAUGAUGCUUUGUCAUCAUGCAGCCGGUGUCCAGUGUGACUGAUAACCUUUGCUUGUGUUUACACUAAGCAACAUAAUAAAUGGAAUGUUUACAUUCUUGGAUAGUCUAUAUUGCAGCCCUAGAUUACUCUCCUUUUUCCUGCGCAGUUUAAUGGUGGAUGUGUAGCUGAAAUUAGGAACCAACGCUUGGCUAUACCAGAUGUGCCAAUAAAAAGUUCUGAGUACAAACAGUUUAAUUGUCCAUUGUAAUAAUUUCUGAAUAUGAAUAGCAUUGUCAGUUGUUCUUCAGGAUCUUUUUUUAUUUUUUUAUUUUACAUAUACAAACGUGAUACUCGAAAAAUUUGAAUAUUUCAAUUAAUUUAUUUCAGUAAUGCAACGUAAAAGGGGAAACUAAUAUAUGAUAGACUCAUUACAUGCAAAGCAAGAUAGUUCAAGCUGUGAUUUGUCAUAAGUGCGAUGAUUAUGGCUUACAGCUCAUGAAAACCCCAAAUCCACAAUCUCAGUAAAUUAGAAUAUUACAUGCAAUCAAUAAAAUAAAGAGUGUACAUAGAACAAUAUCGGACCUCUGAAAAUUAUAAGCAUGCAUAUGGACUCAGUACUUUGUUUGGGCCCCUUUUUCAGCAAUUACUGCCUCAAUGCGGCAUGGCAUAGAAGCUAUCAGCCUGUGGCACUGCUAAGGUGUUAUGGAAGACCAAGAUGCUUCAAUAGCGGCCUUCAGCUCUUCUGCAUUGUUCAGUCUCAUGUCUCUCAUCUUUCUCUUGGCAAUGCCCCAUAGAUUCUCUAUGGGGUCAGGUCAGGCGAGUUUGCUGGCCAAUCAAGCACAGUAAUCCCACGGUCAUUGAACAAGUCUUUGGUGCUUUUGGCAGUGUGGGCAGGUGCCAAGUCCUGCUGGAAAAUGAAGUCAGCAUCCCCAUAAAGCUCGCCUGCAGAAGGAAGCAUGAAGUGCUCCAAAAUCUCCUGGUACACGGCUGCAUUGACCCUGGACCUAAUGAAGCACAGUGGACCAACACCAGCAGAUGGCAUGGCUUCCCAAAUCAACACAGACUGUGGAAACAUCACACUGGUCUUCAAGCUUCUUGCAGUGUGUGCCUCUCCAUUCUUCCUCCAGAGUCUGGAUCCUUAGUUUCCAAAUGAGAUGCAAAAGUUGCUCUCAUUUGGACCAUUGAGCAACAGACUAGGUCUGUUUUUCUUUACCCCAGGUAAGACGCUUCUGACGUUGUUUGUUGUUCAGGAGCGGCUUGACAAGAGGAAUAAGACAUCUGAAGCCCAUGUCCAUGAUCCGUCUGUGUGUGGUGGCUCUUGAUGCACUGACUCCAGCCUCAGUCCACUCCUUGUGAAAGUCCCCAACACAUUUGAAUGGCCCUUUCCUGACAAUCCUCUCCAGGCUGCGGUCAUCCCUGCUGCUUGUGCACCUUUUUCUUCCACACUUUCCCCUUCCACAUAACUUUCUAUUAAUGUGCCUUGAUACAGCACUUUGGGAACAUCCAACUUCCUUCGCAAUUACCUUUUGAGGCUUUCUCUCCUUAUGGAGGGUGUCAAUGAUGGUUUUCUGCACAACUGUCACGUCAGCAGUCUUCCCCAUGAUUGUGAUUCCAACUGAACCAGACUGAGAGACCAUUUAAAGGCUCAUAAAUCCUUUGCAGAUGUUAUGGCUUACUUAGCUGAUUAGAGUGGGACACUGUGAGCCUAGAAUAUUGCACCUUUUCACAAUAUUCUAAUUUACUGAGAUUUGGGGUUUUCAUGAGCUGUAAGCCAUAAUCAUCGCACUUAUGACAAAUCACGACUUGAACAUCCUUGCUUUGCGUGUAAUGCGUCUAUCUCAUGUAUUAGUUUCCCCUUUUACGUUGCAUUACUGAAAUAAAUGAACUUUUGCACGAUAUUCUAAUUUUUCGAGUAUCUCGAGUAUCACACAAGUUUUAAACCAGUCCAAACAACUCAAUUUUGCCUUUUGUUGUGUUUUUCAUUAGAACCUCCAAGUACAUAUAACUCUACAGUGAAAUAUCCACUAUAAACUAUCCCCUUGCAAAGCCUGUAUAGUAUCUGGUCUGUUUUGCAUUAGAUGGGGAUCAUACAUAAAGUGUCAUUUUCUUGAAUGUUUGUAAAGUGGCACAAGCAGAAGGAACAUUUCAUUGGUUUUCAUGGGGAUUGCUGCAAUUUUAGAACUGGUUGCAUUAAUGGGGCAGGAAGAGAAAAAUAGAUAUUCUCACUGUUAAGCCAGAAUCUCUAGUGUGAUGUUAAUUAUAAAUGUCCAUUUAAUUACGUUCCAUGUUUUAUAAGUGUAAAUCAGACAUUUGAUGACAAUUCCAGUAAUAUGUGGAAUAUACAGCAUGUGCAUACAUGUCAUAACUUUAUUUGUAGAUACCGAGAAUGUAUGGAAACAGCAGGUCAUGGUGCGCCUCCUUCAGCUAAUCCACAUCCCUGUCCUUGAAGACAUCCUGGAGUCUCCAGUUAAAACGGAGCAUAAGACACACUUCAGUGAUCUCAUUGUUUCAAACACGUUUCUGGACAGAGAGAUUCUGCAAACUCUCCAUUUACCUAAGUAAGUUAUGUGUUUAAAAAUACUCCUUGCUGGUCUCCAAGCGUUCCUGAAAGGCAUCAUUCCUCAUCCUUAUAUUAAUGGGAGCAAAGUAAAUGUCUCGGUGCUGAAUGGUAUUUACCAUAUGUAAAUAAUGCUUUGUGGAGUUUGCUUAAUAAAUAUACACAUAUGUGAUUGUUGGUAAGGAACAGGGUUUGAGUGAAUCUGCCUCUACCCCUUGGGGGGUCAGCGACGUGCCACUGGAUAGAUGGCAGGUAGUACCUGAAGCAUCGUUUGUCACAUGAUGGAGAGUGACCAGCCACUAAGUGCAUGGCCAUUGAUGAAUAUUGCAGCUGCUGUCGUGUAGCUGGUGAGCUGCCCAUACAAUCCUUUGACGUGGCAGGUGAGCAUCCCUCUAAUGGCCAUUGGAGUUACUUAACCUCCAUUUGUUUAAAUAUGCAUAGGGAUUUGGGAAGAAUGCAGAUAACUUUUUUUUUUUUUCCCUUUGGUUUUUACUGUCUGUAUUGGGGCUGAUGUGUACUAUGGUCGUUGCCGCCGCCCAGGAGUAAGGGAGUUUGAGCACAGGACUUGUUUUUUGUAUAUUUGUCUUACAAUCCAUCUAUUUCCUGGAUAUUUGUUACGAUCGCUUUCUUGAUCUUUCACAUUUUUACUUAGAAUUUAAUAAAUAAGUCCCGUAAAACCUGUAACAUAAAGGACUACAACAGAGUCUUAUGUAAAACCAGCUAAUAAUGACUGAUUUGAGAGGCAAUGUGCAAAAGGACAAGUUAUUCUUAGAAUACUAAAGGCAGAAGCUGAAAUUCAAUACAUUCUGCAGCUUUGGGAACGGUUUAUGAAAAGUGUUAGGAGUAUUGCUCAGGUGUCAUGAAUAAGUAAGUCGGGGUCCAGUAAUCAAUAUAAAAAUGAUAUGAGUAUAUGUAGGAAGCUGACUAGACAUUGUAAUGACUGACUAUAAAACCCAGUGACGAUUUAAUGACAUGUUUUCUUUGAUUCCAUACAAAAUAGAUGGAUAAAGAUUUCCAUUUAGCAUAAAUUAUUCAAAGUAACAUCUUGUCCAUAGCAAGAAAUUGUAAUUCUAACAAUUCUUUAUACUCUGUUUUCUAUAGAGACUCAUUUUCACCUGUCAGAGUUGUAAAUUAUGCAGUUUAUAGCUCUUGGUUAUGAACUUUGCAUUUUGUUAUCAAUAGUGCGGUAAACAUUCUAUGCAAGCGAUUUCUGAUAGCCAUUUGCUUUAUAUUAGCAAUCUUUUCACUUGCAACAAUAAGGUUGGCUUUGAUGUAGCUGCAAUAAGGCAUAGUUCAAACGAACGCUUUCACCUUAACAGGAGUACUAUAAAAUUCUCCAGAGUUUGCUUUUCCUUCUCUUUGUUUCAAUUAAAGGACCACUAUAGUGCCAGGAAAACAUACUCAUUUUUCUGGCGUUAUAGUGCCCUGAGGGUGCUCCCACCCUCAGGGUCCCACUCCCGCCCGGCUCUGGGGAGAGAAAAGGGGUAAAACUUACCUUUUUCCAGCGCCGGGCGGGGAGCUCUCCUCCGGACCUCCUCCUCUUCUCCCAUUCGGCUGAAUGCGCACACGCGGCAAGAGCUGCGCGCGCAUUUAGCCGGUCUCCUUGGAAAGCAUUAUCAAUGCUUUCCUAUGGACGCUUGCGUGUUCUCACUGUGAUUUUCAGGAUUUGGAGGAAGGAUUAACCCAUUUAUAAACCUAGCAGUUUCUCUGAAACUGCUAUGUUUAUAAAAAAUGGGUUAAUCCUAGAGGGACCUGGCACCCAGACCACUUCAUUAAGCUGAAGUGGUCUGGGUGCCUAGAGUGGUCCUUUAAGGAACACUAGAAUUAACAAUUUUUUUUUUAGUACUCUGUGUUACUUUAUAACUUUAAAAAAACAAACAAAAAAAAACAUACACAUUUAAAAUGACCUUUGCAAAUUACUUUUAAUCGAGCACAGAGACCUUCCAUCUCGGCUUAGGUUAAUGUUCGUUUUGUAUUUCCUUUCCAGAAUGGACAGAUGGCUUGCUGCAGCUGUUGAAUGUUUGGAGCAUUUUCCAGAUCAGCAGAUAGUGAUGCUAAGCCAACAGCUCCCACCCAGUAACAAUCCCACUGAAGACCUGGACUUGUACAAGAAAAUGUUAUACGAGGUUAUUGCAAAAUAUUACACCCAAGAGAGGGAUCCUUUUUUGGAUAGUCGACUUCUUAAAAUACUUUCUGGAAUUGUUGAACUCUUAGGUGAGGGUGCUUUUAAACUGCAUGCCUUCCAUAUUUAAUUCUUGUCCCUACGGAUUUAGGUUGGAGUCAAAUCAAUAUUGCUAAACUAUAAACUACAAUACUUUGCUUGUUCAUACAGCCAUUGCUGGUUUAAUUAAACAUGUCCAUGGCAGAUUAUUUUACUAUAACAAAACUGUAUUAUAAGGCGGGUCUUAUUAAUUGAUGAUCUGCAUUGUUUUAAAUGAAAUAACAGUUUUUAAGCCUUCUUGGUACCUUGUUAUUCUUUGAUUGCAUAAUGAUCUUACUGUGGUUGUUAACACCAACUCUACAGCAGUCCGUUUAGGAAAUGCCAUUUUAAACAGAUAAAACCCUUUCAGGGUUAUGAAUUUGAAGUGAAUUUCAAAUGUUAAACCAAAAUAGCCGAAACUGCCAUCGUAGCUCACUUAGAUCUAAUUUAGUUAUUUUGGCCUUUAAAACUGGAAUUCACUUUAUGAAUAACCCUGUUUAUCUUGCACAAUGGAGUUAAAUAAGUUCAGUUGUGAAAUCUUAUGUUGUAAUUGGCUGGUGGCAUUAAAUGCCUUCAGCAGGGUUUUUUUUUUAUUUUUAACUUAAACCUUCUUGAAAGAUUUAAAAAUGUAAGUCCUGGGGGGCGGAGUCUACUAGCAGACCAGAGCAGACGCCAUAUCUGAAAGCUUCUCUAAAAUCAUACAAAACCCAUCCAAUAUCUCACCAGCCGAGACCCAUCCGACAUCCUCAACCCGUCAGCUGACCAUCCUGAUCGAUGCCCAUUUUCCACACGGUGCAAGACUGCAGCCUACUACACGCCGGCGAUCCCGGAUCUGGAGGCUCUCCUACGCGGCACCACAUCCCAGACGCAGGGGGGAAAUGAAACCACGCUACUCACACAGGCAAGCCUGAUACUCUCUUGAGACUGCUGACGGGUCUUUUCCCACUACCAAACAUGACAUGAAAAUCCUGCUUGCAGACAUACACAAACUAUGGGCAUCUGACCUAAUACGCUUAAGAACAGACAUACAGGCUAUCACUGACCGGGUGCGGGCCUCAGAGGAGGACAUACUGGACGCCAGAACAGACAUCAAAGCCAUUAACCGCUUAGGGACCAAACUUCUGGAAUAAAAGGGAAUAAUGACAUGUCACACAUGUCGUGUCCUUAAGGGGUUAAAGAGACAGUGCAUCAAUCAAACGUCUCCCUACAACCCAUGGCCCUGGAAGACAAACAGUGCCAAAAUCACAUUAAAAUACGCUGAGAUAUCGGCCGAGGAGCUUCCACAUUAUAUUUGCAGGCUAUUGACAACCAUACUACCCCACACAACGGUCAAGAAGGUGGUUAUGAAUGGAGUACAUCGUAUGAACAGUACUGCCAAACUAUCGCCUGGAGUUGCACAAGACUUUAUCUUCAGAUGCCUAACCUUCCAAACAAAAAUCAAAUCAUGACAACAUUGAGAAAUAAAACUCCUCUGGCCUUUUGAGGGGUCCUCCCUGACCUUCUUUCAAGACCUCACCAAAAGCACACUACUCUGGCGAAAGUCACUGGGGACUGUCACCUCACAACUGAGUAACGCAGCCAUUUCAUACCGAUGGGGAGCUCCGGGGACUGUGAUAGUAACCCACAAUGGAACCAACCACAAUUUCACCUCCCCUGAAAAGCCCUCCUGCAAGCACUGGGACUGGCAGAGCAGAACAAAGAAACGCAACCGGACACCAUCACGAGUAACUGGGACCCGGCUCACAUCACCCCCUUUGUCCCGAGAAACGGCAACGCGCAAGCCAAUAACACUUGAACACACUCAGAGACCCACCAGGCGUUUUAACGUUUAAAAACCGAUUUUAAUACCCACCCGACGAUAAGAGACGGCGACCCUGUGUAAGCAGCCACCCUGGUCCCGAGGAGAGGCUUGCUGCUAAGUUUAAGUCCCUCGGAGGGGUGCUUUCAGUCUCCCGCGAUGGGGAGCGCUCGGACGGUGAGUGGACGGCCGCUGCCCCGCUAUUCUGCUCACCAGCGGUGCGGGCGACACGCGAGGUUGGGUCUGAUCCCGGUCCCCACCCUGGGUCCGCCAGCGUGCAGCAACACCAGCACCACUGGCCGUGAUGGAGCUCCAAAACUCGGAGGCCGCAUGCCAAGGCACCCAAGUAAGCAGAAAGUUGGAGGCCCACACCUCACACUGGAGGCAAGCUGACAAGGGCCAAGAAAGAACUGGCAAGGACCUAUUAAGACCCAACUCGGGUCAAGCUAAACGGCGGCGGAAAAGCCGGGACCACGCUGACCCUUUUUGGGCAGUGGUACAAGCCAGCUGCGGAGGCCGACACCAGCGACAUACCACACUCACGUGCACCUACGGAAAGUGUCCUUGAAGGGAGAGACAAAUACCCAACGACGAAGACCAACCCUCUUAAAGCACCCUGGAAAUGCCGCGACAGCCCGCAAAUACAAAGGUCGCAUGGACACAGCACGGCAGAAGGGAUCCAGCUCUCUGCUCUACCACAUGCCUGGACAGCACUCACCGUGACAGUAUUUAAGCUUUUUUGUACCUUUUGGGGCCACUGCACUCCACUAUACCUCACGGGCGAGCUUCAUAGCACACAGCCACUGACUCCCAUCUGGCUGAAGAGGGAUUAACCGGGGGUGGAAAGACCCGCAUAGGACUAAAGCUUUAUGAUGACGCCUUUAAUUAUUAGUCUGACAACUCUGUAUUACUAUUUACUAUAGCUGGUAUACAUAUAGCAAAGACAUCAUUAAUACACCUGGCAUACCUUAAAAACGUAGGAAAAACCCUAGCAGGCUCAUACAAAUAAGUGUCGAAAUUAUAAUCCCGCUAGCAUCUUCCACAAAUGUAGAACGCUAACAUACAUUAUCACCACGAACACUUAGACAUGCUUACAUCCCUAUGCUAUGCCAACCAACUGUCUAUGCCUCCUCUGGUUUUCAUCAAAAGAAAAAGGGGCUGUUUACUCUUAAAAACCUACUGUGGCAACCUAAUCCUGACUAAUAAUCAAUAGGUGACUGCUGAUUUAUUUGCAUGUCAAUUUGCUUGAUGGUACAAAGAGAGACUCGUGGGAAUUCCAUGCUUACGACUUCUCCCCAAUACAUCUAAGCUUGGCAAGCUCUGCCGCUGCGCUAGGUACUUAAAGCUAACUAUGUGACCUGUUCCAGCUGUAUAUGCUCGUAUGUUAUGCCUACUAUCCCUGCUUUCCAGGUGAUUGCUCCACUAUAUGUUAACUCAUGUAGGAGACUAUAAGCAACUAGAACACGCCUGUGGUUAUCUUUCCAUUGCACUUCAUAAAUAAUGCGUGUGAACUUGAAACACAGAUGCGCUUGCUGUCUUGACAUUGCUUUAUGGGUGCCAGCUUAACGUGUAUAAUUUUCACUACAUAUCAAAACUGUCGCUAGAUUGUUACGUGACAAAAAAAUGUGCAGUUUUCUGAGUACCACAUUGUCAAUACUGGUGCUUAAUCCAUGUGUGCUGUUGUGGCACUUGAUAUAUGCUUGUAACGCCUCAUGCACAGAAAAAUAAAGAAUUAAAAAUAAAAAAAAUAGCAAUUAGGUUUAACAAGCUCCAGGGUGUUUUUUUUUUUUUUUUUUUUUUAAGGGCCCCUAGUCUUUUGGUAAGAGGCUGGCCAUUAGGCCCCUACAAGAACAUGUGAUGAGGCUUAGUUCGUCACAAUUCUGAAAAAAGGUGCCAUGUUAUAGCAAUGUCAAUGUAUAAUUUUUCUACCUGCAUUUUAUACAUUUGCUGUAUGCCAAACAUGUCUUUACAAUGCACCACCAAAAUAAAGAAUUAUAAGAAUUAUAAAAAAAAAGUAAGUCCCAAGAUGGACACCUCUAUUCUCAAUUAAAUAAUAAUUACAGCUACAUUUUCUAUGGUGUGGUUAGAUGAUUUAUCAGUCAACUUUUAAAUACUGCGAACAUACGUUGUUGCCACAGGUUAACAGCCAAAUGAUGGAUUAAAAAUAUUUUUGCAGAAAGUGGAAAAGAGACCCAUGCACUAGAAGCAGUACAGCUGUACUUAAGAUUACUUGUUCCAAGCACCAGAGAGGAGUUCCGCAGAUUAGUGGUGUUUAUGGCAACGGCAUCUGAAACUUGUGGCUGCAGACUGCAAAAACAGGUAUAAAAAAAAAUACUUCAAAAGAUACAUUUUGCUUCCUCUUGGCGAUUUUAAAAUACAUUCACUUGUGCCUUUCCCUCUGCUCUCCCUUGCUUGAUAGGCUGUGCACAUGCACCAUGUUUGUAUUUAGUGAACAUGGGAUAACCAGGAUAAUUCUUUUAAGCUGUGUAUACAUCGCUUGGAAAGCAAAACUGUGAUGCUUAUUUCUUUGAGAGCAUGAUAGCAGGGGAGUUGGUAUUUAAGUUUGAUAAUGAAAAUUCUGAUCAGGUGGAUAGGUGGUAAUGAAGCCCUCCACAUUCUUAAGAAACACUUGUGAUGACUCUUGUUGCCUCUCUAGUACCUGAUCCAGGACAUUUACUUGCCAAAUAUGAAUACCAGUAUAAAUUAUGUCAAUUUGGUGGCACUAUCAAUUUAUUCCUCUUGCUUUCAUUUUAAAUGUACAGUGUUUUGCAUACGUACUACCUAUAAUCUAUUUUAAUAAUCUUUUUAUGAAUAAGGCAUUACAUUUUUGUCUUUCAGUUUGAUAACAAGACAGUAGUGACUAGGACAUUAAGCAAAAUCCUUCUUCAGAACCCCGGAAUAUCAAGAACACAGACUGAGCAGUUUACUGUGUUUUUGUUGGAAAAUUACAGUGAUCUAUUUAAGGUAAGUUUCAAAAAUCUGAAAUAUACAAUGCAGUCAUUUCAGAAUAAAAAGAAUAUAAAUUGAAGCUAGUUACAUCUGAAUAUCACUUAUUGAAAACAAGUUCCGAGCAUCAAGUAUUUCUAACUUGAUGUGUGCAGAAACCAGAAAGCUAUUGAGACAUUUUGAACAAUCCUGGUCCUACCUUUGUUUUUACUGGGAUCAUUGUAAGUAGUUGAUUAUGUCAAACUGCUUUUGAAAAUUGUGUAAGUUCAUUGCUUCUAGUACAUUAGAAAAAUAAAUGAAUGCAUCUAAUUUAUUAUUUUUGUGAAUGUCAAGUGCAGCAUCGCUUUUAGUUACUUUUGCUGUAUAUUCUCUCAUAUAAUACAUUCACAGGGUUGCCAGGGUUCUUCUUUAACUUAGGAAUCGACCUGGGAACUUCAAGCUUUAUACCAAAAUAACCAUUUUUUAUUUUUUUUUAUUCUUUAUUUUGGAGUGCAUAGAGAAAAAGCAGUUACAAAUGUGUUUGUCAUUCCCCAAGAUAACGUUGUAAGAAAGAGAGGCUUCAAGACCCAGCUGAUGAUGGGUCUUAACUAAGGCAUAGUUAUAUUCUUGGAGUUUGAGAAUAGGGGGGGGCUGUCUAGUAGAGAUCUAGUUGAUAUGCAAAGAUGCUUGCGAGUAGACAGGUGAGGUGCUGUGUACUAGUGUCUAAAAGCAACUCCCAGCUCCCUAGAGUAGGCUCAGAAAUCAGCUAAGGUCACACAUAAAGCAGCUAUACCCAGAGGUGUAAGGUUAUUACCCAGCAAGGCAGUUUACUUGUGUAAGGGUAUGCUAACCUAUGCCUACUUAGAUGUAAUUUAAAAGCAAAAUAAAUGUAAGUAAAUGCAUAAACAAAAGCAACAAACAUGAAGAGUCCACUGGGUCUUCAAGAGGCAGACCGCUGCAGGCCCGCACAGGCAGUGUCACGUGACAGCUGCUGAAAGUAUGCUGACCGGCUCACCCGGUAUCGUAGCGUCUGUCACCUGUCCGGCUGAGUGUAGUGCUGGUAGAGUCCCGGCAGAUUGGUGCGUCAGGAGGGACCCACUCCACCAGCCCUUGGCAUUGCGUGGGCCCGCAUUCUGUGCCUUCUGUACUGGUUUCCUGAGGAGCCAGCAUUGGAGGUACUAGACGAGAUGGUCCAUCCGGGUACAGGACUAUGAUGGGAGUGAUGUCCUCGCAGGGCCUGGAGUGGAUGUUCAGGCAACCGGUAUCCUACUUCUGCUCGCUGGUGUGACAGUCCAGGCAUGCGAGCUGUGGCCAGCAAACCAUACCACUGUGGGAGCCGCUUGCAGCUAGUUAGUGCAGCCGCGCCCAUUGCAGCUCGCACAGCAGCCAUCUUGUUGUCAGAGCGCGGGAAUCCAAAGUCAUGUUAAACUCUUUAGGGUUAGUGCUGUAGGUGUCGGAUCCCUCCAGUGGGGACCGGGAUGACCCCCACUGGUCCAAAGGGGGGUUGGAGGGAGGGAACGGAUCCUGUGAGGCGUGUGACAGAGUUGUUGUGCGGCAGCUAGGCUUGUUAGCAGGGUGGCGGCCGUCCACCCCACUCCUUUCCCAAGUAGGCCGCAGGCUCCAAAGCUUUGUGCUGUCCUCAGGGAGCCCAAAACUCCAGAUCUUGGAGUGUGCAGUAGCGCCAACAACGGUCUGUGCACUUUGCUGUAAUUUCAGGCGUAAAUUACAGUUACAAACCAUGGUUUCCAAGCCAAAAGGGGCCUCAUUUAGCUGGAGCCUCUCCCGCAUGCGGUCAGGCCCCACCCCCCAAUAACCAAUUUUUUAUGGUGGGGUUUUUAGUUUUUCCCAGCUCUGCGAUUUUGGCCAUCACAGUGUUGGGAUCAAUUCUCAAAAACAAAUAGUUUAGUGGGUAACCUUGUGUAUGAUUCCUAUUCACUCUAUCAAAACCUAAAUUUAUAGGAUUGUUACAGCUGAUUAUUCUCCCUUAGAAUUCUCUUGAAUAUAGAUUUUAAAAAACAAACUGGAAGUUCAAAUGAACCAAAGAGACAGUUUAAUUUUAUCGGUAAAUGUUAAGAGGUUUAGUCAACUCGCAUGACAUUUUACGGUUGCACCAGAAUGUUAUUUUAAGUGUGUAUCUUGGAUAAAUUCAGAAUGUUCAUGCCUGUCUUUGCUUAUAAUACAGACACCACUUGCUUUAUUGGACCUUAUCAGUACAAAGCUAAGGAGCUUGCAGAAUGGUGUUGACCCCGAUUCCUUUUCAGGUAAUCAUGAAAACGUUCCUUAAUUUCUCAUGAAAGCGUGUGUUUGGAGAUAUGAUCACUUCCACAAGCAUCAAUCUAGCUGUAGCACAGGUGUAACAGUGUUAGAAAGUUGCACUUGGGUCACACUAAGGGUUGGGUAGACGAACUCCAGGUUUCACUGAUGCAUAAAUUAAAAUGUUUAUUUUUAUUUAGGAAGUCUUAAAACAAAAUCCAUAUUUUCCACAGUAGUCAUGUAUUUUAGUUGACGUAUUAGUCCAGUAAUGUAAUGUAGAUGCAAAAUAAUGAAGUAUUGCAGUAAUACCCUUUUUACGGGACUACCAGAAAUUUGUAGUGACAGUUUUAGGACUUGGAUUUUCAAACUUGAUAAAGGGAGACACUCCCAAAAGCUCACCAUUACAAAUUUCUGUUCUAUAAAGCAGGUUCUACUAGAAACUGCGAUAUUUUAUUAUGCGUCUAGUUCUAAAUUUAAAACAGAGAAGAAUCAGUACUAAACUUAAAUUUUCCCCUCUUAUGAUUCAAUUUUUAAUCUGCAUGGAAGAAAAAUAUUUAUUUUCAUCAGUGAAACAAGGAAUGUGACUUAUCAGAGUGUGAAAGCCAUCAAGCCAGUGCUUUGAACAGUAAUUUGUGGGGUCAGCAACUAUGUUUAAUGUCCACCCCAGCUAUUUCUCGGUUUAGGAGUGGAAUUACCUGUACAGAUGGGCAAAUAUGAAUGAAGUGGUGAAGAAACAAUACAGUAUAUAUUGUGUAAAUUGGAUAUAGGGCAAACCAAAAUACCCAUUCCCUUAAACCUCUGCUGACAUGUUGACAUUACAAUAUCUACCUUCUUGCUGCACAAAUACACUGUAACACAGCUGACCAUCACUACGUUUAUCUGUUAAAGGCUUUACGUUUUGCCAGCUUUUGACCCUGGAUGAAUUUGAAAGGCAAAGAUAUUGUUGCACAACAAAUGAACUGCAAUGUCUAGUAGAGAUCAUCAACCAGGACAAUGCAUUCCCUGAGAAGAAGAGAAAGAAAAUAAUGAAAGAGUUCAAGAAGUAUCACCCUUCAGCCCUUAAUGAACAUUUCUUGCCUUAAUUAUGGUUUUGUAACUUAUUUUCUCCUAUUUGCACUAUUAAUGAGAAUUGUGAAGGGGUAGAAUUUUCUUUUUAUGUUUAAAUUGAUUAACUGUAGCAGGGCUGACUUGACUAACAUAGUCAUUCUCUAACCAUCAUUUUGAUUGUUUUGCAUAAUGUGUGCUUCUUGAUCCAAUCAGAGAGAUUUGUGUGUUUGACAAGGUUAUUUUCUAAAGUGAGAAUUGUAAGGAAUUCAAGAAGAAUUUCACAUUGAAAGCAGCUCUGUCGCCUUCAGGGGUCUCUGCAUAUUUUGAAAAGACCAUUGAUGGCAAAUGUUUGUCUCUUGCUGGGCAGUAACUCAGUUGUGCAGUGCAGGUGAGCUAUACUGACCUGAUGCUGUCCCCCACAUGCACUGCCAUAUUCUUGCUUCAGCUACUGGCUAUUUAACUGCAUGCAUGAUAGUACAACAAUGAUGUCUGUGGAUAAACCCACAAAAGCCCUGGAGCCUCCAUAGAUAUUGUCUCACAAUCAGCGAGACAAAGCUCUGCAUUUUAUCAAAUUUUGUCAAGUGUAGGAAAAAUGCAUCUCUACUUUUUUAUGGUAUCUUUUGACUGCUUUGGAAUUUAAAGGGACAAUCCACUGCUCAAUAAAAAAAAAAAAAAUUUAGUAGAUCUACUCCCAAUGAAAGCAUGCAUGGAUUUAAUUUGUAUUAUUUCCAUUUUGGUUAUAUCUAGAUACAGAUUUAAAAAGCUGCAGAAUAUUUGUCUGCAGCCUUUGUAAGUCCUCGCCUUCUUCUCCAGCCCAGACUUUUUGCUGCUGUCCAAUCACAGACUUCCCAAUGCAGCUCAAUGAGACGUCCUUGCAAGGCAGAUGCCCUGGGCAAAAGCUACCAGGACCUGUUAUCUGAUUGAUACCUGGGGGUGUAACCAGAUUUAUUCAUAAAUGUGCAAAUUUCUGUUGAAAUUUGCACUUUACGUAAAAUAAAAGAGAACCCCAAUCUUGCAGUUAAACAGUCAGGACCCCAAUCUUCAGCAAGCUAAAGGUGCUUUACUUAUUUGGAGUGUUACUUUAAGGUCGAGAUAACUGAAGUGGAAGAAUAGCUGCCUAGAUGAACUUUACUAGACAAUUUUUCAUUUUGAUUACCAACUCUGUAAUAUCAUACUCACUGUAAAUAUGUCUUACUGCUGGAAACAAAAUGAGGCCAUGGAUUGAAUGAGCUAUUUCAGGUACUGGUUGAUAUGAAAUAGAGAAGCUAUAGGAAAAUCUGCAAACGUAGGUCUUUUUAAAAGGUGCUAAAUGCACACUGGAUCAGACAUUACAGCCACUAAAAAUAAUUUGGAAAUGUUUUUACAUAUUUAAUGAAUUAAAUUUCAUUACAUAUGAUUGGCAUCUGCAGGAAUCCUACUGCUUCUAUAAUAGGGUACAGUUUAGGUCCAAUGUGCAUAAUACUACUGAAUUUCUUGGCUUCUGCCUUAGCUGCUAUUGAAUUUUUAGUGUAUCUUAAUUUUUUAUAAAUUCUAACUAUUUGUAAUUCAACUUUAAGAAUUAAUUUAAUUAGUAGAUUUUGAAAUGUUAGAUUUUGCAUGUUAUCAAAUGAUCUGUGUAAAUUUAAUAAUUUAAUUAUGUGGGAAUUGUGCAAUUAAUGUAUUUUAAAUAAGCUGUGUUUUUGGUAGAGAACAAAAUUUUACAAAAGCAGAUACAUUCUCUCUGAAAUCAAACGUAUGUGACAAAUUAAUUUUUAUGAUUUCACGGUUAGCAAUUGAUGUAUUUAAGGUUCAGCAUAUUGAAGGGGCACUAGGCACCAUAACCCAUGCAGCUUAUUGUUAUGCAUUGAAUUUUUGAGUGCUGUCCCUCUGGGUUUUGUCAAACCAUUUUUUGUGGUUUGACAAGAGUGGAUUUUCCUAGUACCCAAAACGCCCCUCCUCUACUCCAGUUGCGUUUUAAUUAAGAAUUUCACAUCACAUGUCUGAGGGUAGCAACCAUGAAUAGCUUCAGUGAAUGAAUCUGCAAUUAACUAACUCAGUCCCUAAGUUGGGUACAGACUAUUUGAAGAUGAGGGAAUUUUUGUACAUUCUUAUCAGAAUAGCAUUUUGUGCUAAAAUGUAGUCUAGUAGUACUUUAGACUAUUGUGCUGUAUUAGUCCACUAAGUUCUUGAAAAUAAACAGAAACAUUCAUAUUAAAUGGUUAUCCUAACCACCAUGACCACUUUUGCUUUUAGACUUGGUCAUGGUGGUUAGAGUAUGUAUGUGCAACAUUUUUGCUUGAAGAACUACGCAUAUAGAUAUAGUUUUGCUUAGGUGCUGGGGGCUACUUACACCCCUGGCACACAUGGCUUUGGCAACCUGGUGUGGACUUCCAAAUGUCAAUUUUGUGCAAAAAUUUUAGUCUUCCCAUCUGGCAACAUAUGUAAUUUGUCUCCAUUUCCUCUACCCUCAGUUAAGCCUUGUUACACAUUCGGUUAUUUUAUUUUCCCUCGCUGACUCGAAGUGCAUGCGUCUAGAGCCAGCUAAACUGUCCUGUCGAAGGCUUCUCUAUGACAAUCCUUUGAUUGAAUCUCGGGAUGUGUAUCAUGACGUCUGAUCAAGAGUGGAAAAGAUGUUUUUCUAUCGUUUAUGUAGGGAACUAAAGAAUGGGCAAAAAAAAAAAGUUGUCCCGUGUAUAAAUGGUGGGUGUGAAUUGUAAUUGCCAACAUUCAUUUGUGGCAAGUGCUGUGUAUAAAAGAAGGUAUGGCUUAUUUGAAAUUGGCUAAAAAAUCUCCACAGAAAACACUUAUCAUUCAUAUCCUGUUUUUACAGUUUGUAAUUUACUGAACAUUUUCUGUAAUAUUUGUAAAUGUUGCAUAACUCUUUCAUUCUGAAACAAAU